UGAAUACCCUGGUCGUUUACCCUAAGCUCUCUCCGCCUUCGGUAUCGCGCGGCCUCAUCGUCUUCUCUCGAGCACACGUUUUAUCGCUUCCAAACCCUAGACUUUGAUUCCCGUGAUCCUCCCUCUCACGAUCAUCUGCAAUUUUCUCGGCCGAUCUCCCACCAACAGAUUCGAAAUUCCAAUAUUUUAUUAUUUUUCUUCCCAUUCUCUCCUUCCAAAGUCUAAAUUUUGUUAUCUCAGUUUGAUCCUGCCAAAUAAAAAUAACUCUUUUCUGUAAGAAAUCUGGUCGGAAGUUGCUGCUGGAAUCGAAGCAUUCGAUCAUUUUGUUCAUCGAAGUGUUGAUCUUGAGUCCGUUGAUUUGGCGCGGAAGAGUUUUUCCUGAGAUUUGAGAGUUUCCUGUAGAUCUUGAAACCGCAGGCUGGAUCUGUUUUGGCAUCGCGACAAGGAGAUAUGGUCGGAGGAGGAAGCAGGAGGGACGAUGGGCCCUUGCAGAUUAGUAGCACCAACGUUUUCGCGGCGCUCGAGACCCUCAAGAAGAAGAAGAAGUCGGACAAGUUGUCGAAGAGCAAGGGUCCGCCCAAGAGCCAGGCGAGGGAGCCGGAGCAGCAGGUAUUUUGGGCUCCGACGCCGUUGACGGUGAAAUCUUGGGCUGAUGUCGAUGAUGAUGAUGAUGAUUACUACGCAACCACGGCGCCACCUCAGGCUGUUUGGGGCUUGUCGGAACAGCAGCCCAAAAAGGAAGUUGUGGCAGCCGUAGAGGAGGAAAGUGAAAGCGAAGAUGAUGGUCUUGAUAUCGGCGAUGAUGAUGUUGAGGAGGAACCUGAACAUGAACCUGAGGUUGCCGUUGCAACUGAACCAAUUAUCGAGAAACCUGCUUCUGUUUCAGUACCAUCCAAAGAUGCUGAACGGCAACUGUCAAAGAAGGAGCUUAAGAAAAAGGAAAUGGAAGAACUUGAUGCACUUCUGCAUGAGCUAGGCAUUUCCAGCAAAGAUAGUAAUGCUGCACAAGACGAGACGAAUGACAAGAAACAACCGGAGCAAAGUGGCGGUGGAGAGAAAAAGGAAAACUCAGGUGCUCCUUUGGAGAUCAAAAGUUCAAAGAAAAAGAAGGCCAAAAAGGAGAAAUCUUCAAAGGACACCAAGGAAUAUGUGGAACAGCCUGCUGAUCUCAAUAACAAUAACAACAGCCUGGACGAGGUGGUUGCUGAGCCUGAGGAAGAAGAUGCAUCUGCAGUUGAUGUGAAGGAAAGGAUAAAAAAGGUGGCUUCCAUGAAGAAGAAGAAAUCAAAUAAAGAGAUGGAUGCUGCUGCAAAAGCUGCCGCCAUCGAGGCAGCUGCAAGAAGUGCUAGGCUCGCUGCUGCAAAGAAGAAAGAGAAGAGUCACUACAAUCAACAACCAGCACGGUGAUCCACGUGGGUAAGAAGCUAAGAAGCUUUAGUAUAGUCUUAAUCUGUUUGUUGAACUGCAAAAUAAACAUUGGAAUGCUCGCCUAUGACCUGAUCAUAAGACUUGAUUUUCUUUAGAUGGCUUUCAUGCUGUUCCAAUCUUUGUCUCUUGUACCGAUUUAUAUUGGAACCUUAAUAACCAGAAUCUCAUGCAUA